UUAGCUCUCUCUUUCUCUCUCUCUCUCACUCGCCAUUGCAGGAAUCUUUCAGAUCCAGAGCUGAAACCGCCAGCUCAUGGCGUACUCGUUUCCAGAGGAGGUCCUCGAGCAUGUUUUCUCUUUCCUAAGGUCCGACCGUGACCGCAACGCCGUGUCGCUGGUGUGCCGCUCGUGGUACGAGAUCGAGCGCUGGUGCCGCCGCCGCGUCUUCAUCGGGAACUGCUACGCGGUGUCGCCGGAGAUAGUGAUUCGGCGGUUCCCCAAGGUGCGGGCGGUGGAGAUGAAGGGGAAGCCGCAUUUCGCGGAUUUCAACCUCGUGCCGGAGGGCUGGGGCGGCUAUGUGCAGCCGUGGAUUAGGGCGAUGGCGGCUUCCUACCCCUCGCUCGAGGAGAUCAGGCUCAAGCGGAUGGUCGUCACGGACGAGAGCCUCGACCUGAUCGCCAGAUCGUUUAAACAUUUCAAGGUUUUGGUGCUCUCUUCCUGUGAGGGCUUCACUACUGACGGCCUCGCUUCGAUUGCUGCUAAUUGCAGGAACCUUAGAGAGAUAGAUUUGCGGGAGAGUGAAGUGGAGGACCUAAGUGGGCAUUGGCUUAGCCAUUUCCCCGACAAUUGCACUUCACUGGUGUCACUUAACAUGUCUUGUUUAGGCUCAGAGGUUAAUUUCCCUGCCUUGGAGCGCCUGGUUGGCCGGUGUCCUAAUUUGAGGACUCUUCAGCUAAACCGCGCUGUACCCCUUGAGAAGCUUCCGAACCUGCUUCACCGGGCCCCCCAAUUGGUUGAAUUUGGAACCGGGGCCUACUCAGCUGAAAUCCGACCUGAUAUAUACUCAAACGUGGCCGAAGCAUUUUCAGUCUGUAAGCAACUCAGAGGCUUGUCCGGGUUUUGGGAUGUCGUUCCAGCUUAUCUUCCUGCUAUGUAUUCAGCCUGUGCCAGAAUCACUUCUCUGGACUUGAUUUAUGCAGCGAUUCAAAGUCCUGAUCUUGUAAAAAUUAUUAGCCUAUGUCCGCAUUUACAGUGUCUCUGGGUUCUGGAUUACAUUGAAGAUGCUGGUCUGGAAGCCCUGGCUGCAUCUUGCAAGGAUUUGCAAGAACUUCGGGUGUUCCCUUCUGAUCCUUUUGAGGCAGAAGCUAACGUUGCUUUGACAGAACAGGGGCUUGUCUCCGUUUCAGAAGGCUGCCCCAAGCUCCAGUCUGUUCUAUACUUUUGUCGUCAAAUGUCAAAUGCUGCCUUGAUUACAAUUGCAAGGAACCGGCCAGAGAUGGUCCGCUUUCGACUUUGUAUCAUUGAGCCUCAAGCUCCUGACUACCUGACUCUCGAACCACUUGAUACUGGUUUUGGAGCCAUAGUAGAGAACUGCAAGGAAUUACGACGCCUUUCCAUGUCCGGCCUCCUUACUGAUCGAGUUUUUGAAUAUAUUGGAAAGCAUGCUAAGAAAUUGGAGAUGCUGUCCAUAGCUUUUGCCGGGGAUAGUGACAUGGGCCUCCAUCAUGUUUUGUCUGGAUGUGAUAGCCUGCGGAAACUGGAGAUCAGGGACUGUCCAUUUGGGGACAAAGCUCUCUUAGCAAAUGCUGCAAAGCUAGAGACAAUGCGAUCCCUUUGGAUGUCAUCAUGCUUGGUGAGCUAUGGAGCGUGUAAGCUGCUUGCUCAAAAGAUGCCCAGGCUCAAUGUUGAAGUUAUAGAUGAGAGAGGUCACCCUAAUUCCCGGCCAGAAAAUUGCCCUGUUGAGAAACUCUACAUCUACCGGACAGUUGCAGGACGGAGAGUCGACAUGCCUGAUUUCAUCUGGACGAUGGACAAAAACGCAGGAAGCCCAGAGGUGUUUGUGAGCAAUGGUGCUGUUGAGCUAUAAAACAUUCCUUCAGCUGAAGCAGGUAUUGCUCCUAAUUUACACUUGUUCAAGUUUUUUUAUGUCAGAAAAAAGGUUUAUGUGACCGAACUGCCAGUGGAAGUGGGAAUGAGCUUUGGAGUUAUAAUGGUCGGAGACGCCUAAAUGGGCAUCUCGUCUGCAUUGGGUUUUGCUUGGUGGAGAUAUUAUUCACCACCCGUUCAGUUCCCAUUUGAGGCCCAACUCUCUGUUGUAUCUUGUGUUGUAUGAGUUUGUUUGUACGAGUAACUCGUGUACUAAAAUGUAGACUUACUUAUUCAAUCUUUUAGGAGGCUGAUUGUUUUCUUUUUUUUUACAGAAACUUCCACUAUUGUACUUGUAUUAUUGAUUUUGUUCCAUUAUUAUUAGAUGUCUAUGCCCAGCAAUAAAGCGUUCAAAUUUCAUUUCA